AUGCGUGGCAUUCUCAGACUUGAUCAAGAACAAGAUCAAGCCGUUGGUGCUGGUAAAGAUGCCGUUUCUAUUGAAGUCACUCCAAGAGAACAACUUUUCUUGACUACAUUGCAACUCGGUUCACAAAACGAGCAGGUCACUGUUGCUGUUGACACUGGUAGUGAAUAUCUUUGGGUGAUGAAUGAUAAUGUCGUUUGUGAAAACGGAGCCAACUGUCAGGCACAGGGUACUUUUGCUAGUGGUAAUUCCGAAACUUUCUCUCGUGAUGAAGAACGUGGUGCUUUCAAAGUUGCUUAUAUUUCGGGAAAAAAGACUGAAGGUGCUUGGGGUAAGGAUGAUGUUCGUGCUGGAAACGCUGUGGUUCAUGACUUCAAGUUUGGAAUUGCUGAACUGACAUCAGCCAAGAUGGGUAUCUUGGGCUUAAACUUCCCCAGAAAGGACGAAGGAUACAGUUUCACCCAACAAUUACGUGAUCAAGGUGUAAUCCAACGUAAUGCCUACCUGGUCUUUUUGAACUCCAAGAAACAAGCUGGUUCAAUAUUAUUUGGUGCUGUUGAUCAUGGAAAGUAUGAAGGUGGUUUGGUUACCGUUCCUGUUACUUAUGAAGAAGAAAUGCCAAGAGUUAAGGUCAAUGGUAGAAUUGAUGUUAAUUACAAUGGCCAUUCCGUUGAUGCAGGUAAUGAAGUGGGAUAUAUUUUUGAUACUGGAAGUACUAGAUCUCGUCUUCCAUCUUCUUACAUGGACACUCUUAAACAGGUGCUUAAUGGCUGGUACGAUGAAACCUGGAAGGGAAUUUCCUUUGAUAGUUGUUCCCAAUUGGAUUCACUUGUCUUUUAUGUUAAUUUUUAUGGAAAGACCAUUACUAUUCCUGCCAAGUCAUUAGACUAUGGUAAGCAAGGAGACAGAUGUUUAUUACAACUUAAUUUCAACACUCCAGAAAAAGACUUGUUUAUUAUGGGAAUGGAUAUUUUAAGAAGUGUUUACUUUUUGGUUGAUUUAGAUGAUCGUGAAAUUCAAGUGGCUCAAGCUAAAUACGAUGGUGGUGAAAACAUUGAGGUGUUCCAACCAGCAGGAUUGGAAAGAUUGGCUAGUUACAAUAAAGAUGUGAAAAAGGCUGUUGAACAGCUGAAUAGUGGUGCUGCUUUGGUCAGCCCAUAUAAGCUUAUGAUUACGAGUUUGAUUUUGUUUGGUUUGCUUUAA